GAGUAAAUCUGCUGGCCAAAUCCCCUCAUGGCUCAAGCUGUGAUUUGGACCAGAGAGAUUUGUUUUCAGAUUGAACUCCGCCCUGCAGAGAUGACUACUGUAAAUGUCCAACACACUGCAGCAGGCCAGCAAAGAGUUUGUUUAAUUUGGAUAAAACAGCUUGGACCCGACUUUCGUUGCUCUUUUCCGACGUGCUGACGUGCAAAACACUACGUUGAGCCCAACAAGCUAACCCAACGGCAACUUUAUGCAGGUGCUGUGGCCGAGAUGUAAGAGGUGGUCAUGCCUUUGGUCAAGAGAAACAUUCAGCCUCGUCACCUGUGCCACGGUGCCGUGCCUGAUAGGAUUGGCAACGAGCUGGAAUGUGUAACCAACAAUACGUUGUCUGCCAUCAUCCGCCAGCUCAGUAGUCUGAGUACACAUGCUGAAAAUGUUUUUGGGGAGCUUUUUAACGAGGCCAACACCUUUUAUGUCCGCGCCAAUUCUCUCCAGGACCGCAUUGACCGCUUAGCCGUCAAGGUCACCCAGCUGGACUCCAAUGUGGAGGAAGUCUCUCUUCAGGACAUAAACAUGAGAAAGGCAUUUAAACGCUCUACUGUCCAGGACCAGCAGGUUUUGUCCAAAGGCAGCACUCCGAACUCGGUGGCUGAGAUGUACAACGGCAGCGACAGGCCUCCCCCCCUCAGCACCCUUACUGCCUACAGAGAGGAUUCCACAGAUGCAAUGAAAUUCUACUCAGACCCAUCUUACUUUUUUGAGUUGUGGAAGGAGAAAAUGCUUCAGGACACAGAAGACAAGAGGAAAGAAAGGCGGAGGCAAAGGGAACAGAAGCGAUGUGUGGAAAGCAGCACCCUGCAGCGUGAGGUCAAAAAGGUGAGAAAGGCUCGAAACCGCAGGCAAGAGUGGAACAUGAUGGCAUUCGAUAAAGAACUUCGUCCUGAUCACCGCCAUCCGCAGAGUCUCAACCGAGGAGCAUCGUCUGAGGGCUCACUCUCCCCCGACGGCAGGCCUGACCUCCCAGACUACCCCAUCCCUCCAUUGCCUGCCCAUGCUGCUUGUAAUCGUGCCAAGUCAAAUGAUUACAUGCCUGGGAACGCACACCCCUCACCACCUGUGGAGCAUGAAUACCACAGCAUUGAUGUCAACUACAAGAGAGUAACCUAUGCCACAGCAGAGCUUCACGCCGCAGACCGACUGAAUGGUUCAACACGUCCACCUGCAAAUUGCAACUCACUCCCCCUACCUCCUUCCCCCGGCCCACCCAUACCAUCCGCCCAGACAGCCUUUGGUUUUCCACUGGGUGCGCUCCCACCAACACCAAAUAAUGGAGUUUUGCCCAUGAGUCCAGGCUACCCUCUCCCACCUGUACCUCCUCCAGGGCCGCACAUGUUCCCUCCUCCCCCAGGUCCCCCACCUCCACCUCUCCCUCCCUCAGCUGCACCAUCACACCUAGCGGGAUACAGUGAAGGCGGCAGAGCUGAGACUCGACCUGUGAGAGAUGCAAGAAGUGACCUGCUGUCUGCGAUCCGCAUGGGCAUUCAGCUGAAGAAAGUUCAAGAGCAGCAAGAGCAGCUGUACAAGCAGGAGCCGGUGGGGAACGACGUGGCCACCAUCCUGUCCCGGCGCAUUGCGGUGGAGUACAGUGACUCUGAUGACGACUCUGAGUUGGAGGAAAACGAGUGGUCGGACUAAACACAAAGUGUAGCAUCUGGCUGAAGUUUGUUUAAUUGGAUCUUCAGUGCAAAUAAACCAAAAGGGUGAACCGCACUA